UCUCUCCUCAGCAACUCCACUGAACCUGGCUCCUUCUGCUCAGAGACCAAAGAGUGCUUGCUCUAUGAUCUGAUCUGUCAAGGAAAUGAGUAUGAGUGCGCAAGUUCACUUGCACGCUUCGUCUCUGAGCUGCAGGUGUUCUUGGAUGACCUGCCGGAUAUGAGGGUGUAUGUUGAACAGUACGGUGGCUGGAUGGUGUCAGCAACAUCCAGCAUUCAGGCUUAUUUCCUGAAGGACGCGCUCAACUGCGUCCAGGCAACCUACCACAAAGAUUACCACUACUGUGUGUGUGUUUCCAGCCUGGUGAAGCUGACGAACAGACAUAAUGAGGUGUGGUAUGUGGUCCACGGCACGCCAGUGUGUGCAGCAUCUGGCUAAUGCUUCUCCACUCUCCCUGCACAGGGUCAAAGGUGAAGCAACACAAAUGCGCUCAACAGAGAAAUCUACUGUCUUCCGUGUGCAGAGGUUUACACAGCCAUACUCAACUGGGAUUCUGGGUUUGUAUUGUGUUUUCUGUUUCAGGAACAGCAGAUGGGGCCCAUUCGGAUGUUGGAGGCGUAUCUGCCUACUUUUGCAUUUUUGCCGAUGAUCAAAACCCUUGUGAACUAAAUCAUUUUGAAGUAAAUAGUCUUUUGACUAGUGGCUUGGUUUUUACUGAAAGGUCUUUAUGUUACUCCUGUAUCUGACUCAUGUAGAUUUUAAAAGACUCGUUUUAAUAAUGUUGUUUUCUAUACCAGGCUGAAAACGUUUGCUUAAAAAUGUAAAAUAAAUGAAGGAAAUCUUCCAUGUUUAUUUUACCUUUAUGAAUACAUUAUGAUAGGUUAGUAUCAACCAAACUGCAUUUUCCUGAUAGUUCCAUGCCAGCAGAGGUCGCAAUAACCAAACAAGGCAGCAUCUUCGUUACUGAUAAUAAUGAAAUAUUAAGAAAGGAGAAACUUAUCCGAUCUAAAGCGCGUGAGCACUGAGGGGUCUGUGUGUGCGCGCGUGCGCCUGUGUCAAGUUGCGUGAAGACACUUCCGAUUUAACCAUUAUUUUCCAUGCACAUGCUUGCGUUACAUCCAAAUAUUGCAGCCCAACACAAAGUUCUAAGUUCAAGAAGUCCUGUACAAGCACACGGUUAUUGUGUGCAGCAGUACUUUCAAAUGCAAAUGGUGUGGCACAAGGUGGGAUAGAGAUAGCCGGGGGGGAAUCUAAAACAGUGACAGCUACAAUGUGUAAAGUUUCCAGUAAAAUAAAUAUGACAGAAGUUGCGCAAGAAGCCAAAAUCGUUUCAUAAUAAGAAAACCACUAUAAACGUACGCACUGCACGGUGCAUUACACUAUUCCCGUGCCAUUUAUACGGGUUACGAACGGCAAGCAUACUGCGUAAUGGGACACGGGCUCUCCCGAUUCUGAUAAAGGUCAUCAUCAGAUGUGAUCCGACCUGGCAGAAUAGCUAGAGCUUUGUUCAUCGUGUAGAUCAUCUGACUCAGGAGACUCUUAUCACCCUUGAACUGUGUUAUCUCCAGAGCCCCUGUAAUCCAGGUUACCUCAACUGGCUACUUGCUGUGUUCGUUUUAUUACCGGGGAAUGCGCCAGCACAAUGUUCCACCCUGUUUUAAUCAGGGGACUCUGAUUGUUAUGUUACUACAGCGGCACAAACGUACGCCAUGGUGUACAUAAACUACCAUAUUACAAGCUUUCAGUCCAAGGGGAAGCAGUCAGGUGAAUGACCGGAGUCCCGGAGUUACAGAGCGCCACUGUCUGUGGGGACAUGAUUUUAUGCGCUAAAAUCGGAAUUAUCGUGUAUAUUGCUGUCUCCUGAGCAAUUCAGUGUCGUGAUUCUUUUCAGUUCACAAAUCUUAGCGAAAUUCUCAUAAAUACGGACGGAGGAAUGGACGCGUCUUCUCCAGUUAGUCAUCCUCCGGUCCUCCCCCUGUGACUGGGGAUGCGUGAGCCUGCUCUCCGCA